AUGGCCCCACGUAAAAGGAGUGAUAUAUGGAAUCACUUUACUGAAUUGGAAGAUAGUAAAGCCAAAUGUGGGUAUUGCAGUAACAAGUACAGUGUUGCUGGUGGAUCUUUUGGCAAUUUGAGAAGCCACUUAAAAACUGUACGUCCCGAUGUAAUAAUAUCAAAAGCAGUAGUGACUAGUGAUGAAAGUCAUGUAGAUGAUCCUGCAGAUCAUGGUCCACCAGUAGAAACAAUGAUUGUUCCUGGUACUAGCAUUGUUAAAUCAAGCCAACCUACUCAAACACAAAGUAGCAUUAUGCAUUUUAUGCAAAAUAAGAAACCUAUGGCAGUCAGUAGAUCAAAACAAAUUGAUGAGCAGGUUACAAAAAUGAUUGUUAAAGGAUACUAUGCGUUUUCUAUAGUGGACGAUAAGGAAUUUAGAAAAUUUGUAAAAAUGUUGAACCCUGGAUACGAGCUUCCUUGUCGCCAGACAGUAUCUAAAAAUCUGAUUCCAAGAUUAUACAAUUCCACAUUAGAAGAUUUAAAAAAAAAAGUUGAAACUGCACUUGCCGCUCCAUUAACAACAGAUGGAUGGACUUGUAUAAAUAAUAGGAGCUAUAUUGCAGUCACAGCUCAUUUUAUUGAUGGUGACGGUAAAAUGUGUUCCGUUUGUCUUGGUUGUGAAUAUUUUGACCAACGUCACACGUCAGAUAAUUUAGCUGCCUUUUUAAAAAAAAUAGCAAUUGAAUGGAAAGUGAAUAAUAAAGUUGUAGCCAUUGUUACCGAUAAUGCUUCAAAUAUUUCUAAAGCUGUAGGUCAAUUACAUUAUCGACAUAUAGGAUGUUUCGCCCAUUCCAUUAAUCUUGUUGUUCAACACUCUCUAGAGAAUAUUUCGACCGUGUUACGAACAGAUACCAGUGAUAAAACCUAUUUACUGGACAAGGUACCUUACUAUCUAGUUCAUGGCCAUUCUGAUCCGAUCACAGCUAAAGUUCAAAAGACGUUUACAAAUCACGAACUAUAUCAUUAA